AUGACUUAUGACCCGCUUAUUGAGACCGAGGCAAAGGAAAAGUUCGCGGAUGUCUAUCAGCAUUUGCUCCAAGCAGGCGUCAACAGGAAUGAAUCCGAGCGCGAGGCAAAGCUGAAGAAGACGCUCGCCAGCGUCCGCGGGCGCGUGGUCGACCUCUGUAAACCCACACAGGACAAGUACGAGACAGCUGUAUCUGUCAUCCUUGGGCGCAAUAUCGACGCUAUCGUCGCGGAUGAAGAGAAAACUGCCAUCGAAUGCAUCGACGUCAAGCAACUUUCCUCCCCCUCAACACGACCAGCACCAAGCCAAUCAACGACAAGUUCCGCUCAUUUACUAGAGGUGCACCGUCUCGCUGUGGACGUGAUCCAGUAUGAGCCUGCCAUAGAGCGCGCGAUGCUCCAUGCGUGUGGGAAUGCACUCGUGUGUGACACGAUGGAUGUGGUGAGGUACGUGUGCUGGGAGCGGGGGCAGGAGGUGAGAGCCGUUACAUUGGCGGGCACUGUCAUCUAUAAGAGUGGGCUCAUCACCGGUGGGCGCAGUACGCAUGGUGGAGGAAAGAAGUGGGAGAAGGACGUGCAAGGCCUUUCCUGUCUUCGUGACAAUCUUGUGGCACAGCUUCAGGAAUUGGAUCACUCGAUACCGAGGGGCAAGGCAGACGAAAACGUCAUUGCUGAAGUUACACGACUAGAGAGUGCUAUAGCUGUUAUAAGAGACGAUCUGUUUACUUUGAGCGCCAUCCUCAUCCCAGUCACCCGAUGCGAGUUAUUCAACAAGGCAUACAACCACAUUUCAGAUUGUAUCGACCAGUUCUAUAAAGACCUCACUAAAGGGAAGGCUUCGCCGAUGGGAGGCAUUGCAUAUCUUAGUUUACAGGACAGUGAGGAACCUUAUAAUGCCGGAAUCAAAUAUCAUGCCAUGCCACUGAUGAAGCAAUUCCGUGACAUGGAACAACUCUCGGGCGGGGAGAAGACUGUGGCUGCCUUGCCUGCACCGUUCUUUGUCCUUGAUGAAGUAGACGCUGCUCUGGACAAUACCAACGUUGCUAAGAUCGCUAACUAUAUCUAGAGUCAGGCGGCGUCUGACUCCUUCCGGUGUAUCGUCAUCAGCUUGAAGGGUUCCUUGUAUGAGCGUGGUAAUUCCCUUGUUGGAAUCUACCGUGACCAA